AAAAGCAGAGCAGGUUCACCUAGCUCGGUUCGUUCUCGGAGGUUUCUCAGAAGGAUCAGAAAUGGCCAAAGGAUCUUGCAUGUCCAAGGCCUUGGUUGUGAGCAUCGGGAUCCUCACAGUUUCUUCUGUUUGUGGUUUAGUGAUGAUGGCUGUGAUUUACAAGAUUCAAAUAGAUACAUUUCCUCCGGUGAGCCCACCGCCUCCAACUAGACCUACAGUUAUUCCAACAGGACUUCCACCGACUCUCAGGCUUCCGGAUAAUUUGAUUCCAGAGAGCUACAAAGUCUUCAUUCAACCGUACCUUUACGCAGCGAUCACUAACAACUAUACAAACCAAUCCUUCGCUUUCACUGGAAACUCUACUGUAAGAGUGAAGUGCACUGAAAUCACCAAGAGCAUAUUUCUUCACGCUCAGGACAUAAAUGUGACGACCUUGGAAGUGAGAAAAUCGGAUUCAAACGAGAAAUUGUCAGUGAAUGGAUAUAAAAUUCAUCACAAUGAAAGCAACUUCCUCGAGAUCCAACUCGAGGAUAAAAUGUCUGGAAAUGAAACCUAUGAUAUAUUCACCAAAUUCGAAGGAGAACUUUUUGACGGCUUGGAUGGGUUUUAUGUGAGCCGGUACACAGAGAAAGGAGGAGAAGAUGAGGAUCAGGAGAGAUUCCUCGCCACCAGUCUGCUGCAACCCACAAACGCCAGGAAAGUGUUUCCGUGCUUUGACGAGCCAGCGCUGAAGGCUGUGUUUCAUAUUACUAUUAUCCACAAACCUGACACUGUUGCCCUGUCCAAUGAAAUAGGAGAUGCACAUCAGACAGAAAUAGAUGGAGAAGAAUGGAUUGUGACUACAUUUGAAAAGACCCCCGUCAUGUCAACUUAUUCUUUGGCUUUUGCUGUAUCUGAUUUUGAAUUUAAAACGAGAUCUUCUGGUACAAAAAUAAAUACAUAUGCUCGGCGUGAUGCUAUUAAUGCUGGCUAUGUUGACUACGCACUUGAAGCAACAGGGAAUAUCCUGAGUCUGUAUGAGAAGGUAUUUGGAUCGAAAUACCUACUAAAAAAAAUAGACCAGAUCGCUUUGCCAGACGUCAGUGUAGGAGCAGUGGAAAACUGGGGUUUCAUUUCAUAUCAGGAGUCAGGUCUGCUAUAUGAUAAAUAUACAGCAUCGACGUUUGACCGAGAACGAGUGGCCGCUCUGAUCGCUCAUGAAUUAGCACAUCAGUGGUUUGGAAACCUUGUUACUAUGCGCUGGUGGAAUGAGCUAUGGCUGAAUGAAGGAUUUGCGACAUACAUGUCAUACAUUGGGGUGGAAGCUGAAGGCUGGAACUUAAGAGAUCUGAUUGUUCUCAGAGAAACCCAGACGGCCUUUCAAAUGGAUGCCUUAAACUCUUCCCAUCCUCUCAGCUUGCAGGAUUACGAUGUUCAGACUUUCUCUCAGAUCACAGAGCUUUUUGAUGACAUCACCUACAGCAAGGGUGCUGCGGUGUUGAGAAUGCUGGCCACAUUCAUGACCGAGGAAGCAUUUAUGAAAGGAAUCCAGAUGUAUCUUGCCAAGUUUCAGAACAACAACACUGUGUACAAAGAUCUUUUGAAAUGCUUGCAAGAGGAGACAAAAGAAGACGUGGAAGGCUUCAUGAGCACAUGGAUUGAGCAAGUGGGGUAUCCAGUAAUCACCAUUAUUACCCAGACGGGGGAGACCACUCAAGAACACUUUUUAUUAAAGCAAACACAGGGCCAUAAUAUUGCAUGGCAAGUUCACAUCAGAUACAUUAAGGCCAGAGAUUUGACAGUGAAAAAUGAUAUACUGAAAGUAAAAGGUCCAGUCCGGAGGCCACACUUUCAACUUCAAGACAAUGACUGGCUUCUCGCAAACGUCAACUGCACUGGCUUUUUCCGCGUCAACUACGAUGAAAAAAACUGGAAUAAACUUCUUAUACAACUUGAAGGAAAUCAUCACGUCAUUCCAGUCAUCAAUCGAGGGCAGUUAAUUGAUGACGCUUUCAAUAUUGCAAGGGCUCACCGCCUCAACGUCACUAUUGCACUAAGUCUAACAAAGUACCUGGUAAAUGAUACUGAAUAUAUUCCAUGGGAGUCAACACUGAAAAACCUGGAUCAUUUAGUCCUUAUGUUUGAUCGCUCUGAGGUCUACGGUCCAAUAACGAAAUACAUACGCAAUCUAAUCACACCACUAUAUGACCACUUUGAGGAGUACACAAUAAAUGGGACCAUUCCUGAAAAACACACUGAGCAGUAUAACCAGGUAAAUGCUAUUUCAGUAGCCUGCAGCAAUGGCCUUACUAAGUGCACAAAAAUGGCUAGAAGUCUAUUCGAAGAUUAUAAAAAUGGCACAAAUAACAUUCAUCCGAAUUUGAGGAAAGCAAUCUACUGCAGUGCAAUAGCUACCGGUGAUGAGUAUGAUUGGGAAUUUGCUUGGAAGGAAUACCAAAGAGCCACGGUCCCUGCCGAGAAAGACAAACUAAGAUACGCUUUAUCAUGCACCAAAGAAAUCUGGCUGCUGAACAGAUAUCUUCAGUACACUCUUGACCCUUCAAAGAUAAGAAAGAUGGAUAUGGUCCCUACUAUAAACUACAUCGCCAAAAAUGUCGCCGGCCAGCCCCUCGCUUGGGAUUUUGUCCGUGGGCACUGGUCCUACAUGACCCAAGAGUAUGGAGCGGGAGCCAUGACUUUAGGCAGUCUGUUAGACGCCGUGACAAAAAGAUUCUCCACAGCCGUCGAACUCGAAGAGCUGAAGCAGUUUCAGAGGGAGCAGGAAGAGAAAAAUCAGACCCUUGCUGCUCAAGCUUUGGAGCAGGUCAUUGAAAGGACAGAGGCCAAUAUUAACUGGGUGAAAGAAAACAAGCAGAUUGUUAAGGACUGGUUCAUUGGAGAGCUGUAGGAUUUUUUUUCGUUUUUGUAGGCCCGGACAAUCAGAGUAUGCUCGGUGGAGCCAAUACAAUCAAAAACAGAUGUAAAGGCGUUCCAUAAUGAAAGCAACACCCUCCUGUGUUUCUGAGAUGGUUUUCAACAAAAGACCACUUUCACUGGAAAAUUAUUUAUGCUUUAGAAGGGAAGAACAAAGAACGUGCAAUUUUUAAAUGGCUACAUAACACAUUUUCUACGCUAUGUUGAGAAGUUAACGCCAAUCUAUUGUGUACAUUAUAGAAAAGGCCAAGAAUGAAUGUUUAGGACAACUUAAUUUAUUGCCUUUACUAUAAUUUAGUUGAUAUUACUGACUACGUAUUGUUUACAGUGAUGAAAUCACAUCUAGGGACAUUUUAAAAGAGCACAGUAUGUCAUUAUUUUUAUCUGUAUAGUUUAAUUAAAAAACUUAAAAAUAUACUAUGUUAAUAUUUUGAAAUAUUACCAUUUUAUAGAAUCACAGCCAUUAUUUUGAUCUCUGUGAAUGAUUGAAAACCAAAUGACGGGUUAUGAUGUGUGUUUUUAUGAUACUUGAUAUUUUUAUUGUAGUCAAACAUGUAAAUCUUUAAAUAAAGUGCAAUCUUUUUACAUAAA